AUGGCCCCUUACAAGAUCAAGAAGGAAGGUUAUCUCCUAAGGAGUUAUCCCGUUGGGCGAGGGCGAGGGCGGGGAGUGGAGCGGCGUGCCUCUCCAGCGCCCCUGCCUUCCCCAGCCAUCGAGCUGAUCAAGGACCUGGUCAACUACGACGUGUGCCCGGCGCUGCUCAAGGGCCUCGUGGCGCUGCUGAUACCGUCCUUCAAGGAGACCAGCAAACAGCAGUCCCAGAUCGUCAGCGACUCUUCGGUUCUGCAGCUCGCCGCCCACCUGCCGUUGUUCUUGCAGCAGGCCGCGGCCGCCAAGGCCAUCGGGAUCCUGGCGCGAGGCAACACGAGCCUGGCCGAGGAGAUGCUGCCCCUGCGCGUGGUGCACAGCCUCAUGGCCGCCAUGGGCAACAUGGACCACAGCAACAGCCAGCGGCAGGCCAGCCUCACGCUAGAGUACUUUGUGCAGUUAUUCCCAGCGGUGGAGGAGCACGUGCGCAGGUCCAUGGGGGAGGAACUCUACAAGCUCUUCCGUAGCAACGCCGAGGACUUGUACGGGAAAAUAGAUAGCAUUCAGGCGGACAUCUUGGCGGCCAACAAAGUCAAUGUCACCAAAGAGCUGUAUCUCAGUGGCCGCUCCGACAGCACCAUGAGCUCUUACUUUGGACACUGUAAUCAGGGUCAGGUGGCCUACAUCACACACUUCCAGAAGGAGGCUGUGGAAGAAAAGGAGUAA